AAGAAAUCCCCAAACCUCCCCUUCCUACCGUCGCCGGUCACGCCACCAAUCCAUCACCGACGCCUAAGGCUCCAUCCCUCCCAACGUCGCCCAGCCGCAGUAAACGACUAUGGCACAAACAUGAGUGAUGUACAGAGCCGCCACCACCUCCUCUGAGGCUUAGGACAAGAGGACGAAGGUUGAUUAAAAAUCACAUGGAUGGGGAGCAAUCGUCGAGAACGACCAUCUAGACGGCGGCGGCGACGAAUGUCUGGACGGUGAUUUAGUUGCAACGGUGGCGAG